AUGCCGGCGAAGAAGCGUGGAUUCCAGUUUGGUUUCGGCAGCAAGGGUAAAGGUGCGAAGAAGGUUGCUAAGCCGGAAAUUGCAGCGACUGCCGGUGCCGACGCGUCUUUGGAUGCGGAUGUGCGAUUGCCUGAG